AUGGCAGCUGCAGCACCAUCACCCCUGGGCAGCUCUGAAGAGAAGACAAAUGGAGCCAAGCUGAGCAGGCUUCUUAUCGAUGGUGGAACAACAGUUCUAAGAAAUGUUUUCAAUCAUCAUCACCCUCCAGCUAAUUUAGCUGCUGAUCUCAAUGCCAAUUAUUCCACUCUCAGCAACCUCUUGCGGCGAAGGGUUCUAAAUGGUCAUCAGUGGAAUAAACUGUUCCCGCCUGGGAGAACCAUGCCAGACUCCAAUACGUUUGACAUCACUCUUUUAUUUCUUCUUCUGACCAACAUUUGUGGAUUGUCCCCUCCCCCCACAGGAUGGCACACUAAACCACCCGUUAGUGACAACUCUGACGAGGCGAAUCUUGCUCGUGUCAAGCAUUUCCGUAACGUGUUGUAUGGUCAUGUGACCAGUACUGGUGUUGAUACUCAUUCCUUUUCUCGUCUGUGGCAGGAAAUCAGCCCUGUUCUUGUGGCUCUUGGGUUACAGCAAUCAGAAAUUGACAGACUCAAAGCAGAGCGAGGUGGAGAGGAAGAUUAUCUUAAAGCGUUACGUGAUUGGGCUGACAGUGAAGAGGACAUCAAAACACAGUUAAAGGACGUGUGUCAAACUCAGAAAGAAAUAAAACAAACUCUUCUGGAGACCCAUGAAACUUGCCAGGAAAGCAAGACCAAGCUGGAAGGUGUACAUCAAGUUGUUACAGAAAUUCGUCAGUCCCAACUCAACUCAAACCGCUCGGACGAAAUCUUGAGGAAGCUUGCCAAAGUAGACACGCAAAGUAGCGUAGAGUGUUACUCAGAAAGAUAUUUAGAGGGAACCCGUGCGUCGGUUUUUGCCAGAGUAACUAAUUGGCUGGAUGACAGAAGCUCACGCAACCGUGUGCUAGUAAUCAGUGGAAAUGCAGGAAUGGGAAAAUCAGUGAUUGCUGGAGAGAUGUGCAAAAGAAUACAGGAAAGUAAAAGGUUGUCAGGAAGCCAUUUUUGUCAACAUGACAAGACACGCCACAGGAAUCCCAAGGUGAUGCUGCAGUCAUUGGCUUCCCACAUGUCAUGUUAUCUGCCAGAAUACAGGAAAGCGCUUGUGGAGCAACUUUCUAGAAAUCUCGGCUUGGAAAUGAAUGACAUGGAAGUGGGAGAUCUGUUCGAAUUACUUUUCGAAGAACCGCUGCGCAAAGUACAUGACCCUGGUGUCACUUCUCUCAUUGUAAUCGACGCCUUAGAUGAAAGUGAAUACCAAGGGCGAAAUGAGUUACUAGAAGUGAUAAGCAACUACUUUAACAAGCUUCCACUUUGGAUCCGGUUCCUGGUAACAACGCGGCCAGAAAUGAACAUUUGGGAAAGACUAAGCUGUUUAUCACCUCUUGUGCUAGAAUCCAACGACAAGGAAAACUUACUGGAUAUUCGCAUUUUGAUGGAGCAUCAGCUAAGCCAUUUGUUGCCGGCCAAAAAUCUGGAAGUAAUCUUGAAAAAGCUGGUGGGAAUGUCGGAAGGUGUCAUACUAUGCGCUCGCUUUUUGAUAGAUUUCGUGAAGGAGAGCGUGCAAACUCUCACAUUGGUAUACCUCGAGAGCGCUAUACCGUCAGGUAUUUCAUCUGUUUAUCAGUCCUAUUUCAAGCGUCUGGAGACUGUUCUUAGUAAAGAACUGAAGACAACCGAAGAUCAGUUUUUUAGUUUCCUAAGUGCCAUAGCAGCCGCAAAAGAACCACUGCCUAUCGAAUUUGUCUCCAAACUGUUAUUCCCUGGCAUUUUACUCUCAUCUGCUCAGCGAAAGACGAACAAGGCAGUUUCUUGUAUAUCGUCACUUUUACCUGUUCAAGAUGGGUGCGUGCACUUUUUUCACAAGUCAUUGAAGGACUGGCUCGUUGACAAGUCAUCCUACGGAAGUCACAAUUUCAGUGUGAACAAGGACGAAGGCCAUCGCAUCCUUGCUGAACUUUGCAUGGGAGAGUUCGAUGAAGUAAAAAGAAAAGGUGUUAGUGACUCAGAACCCUUCGGUGACACAGCUAGGUACGCGCUUCAACAUGGUGUUAAACAUAUGUUAGAAAUGGCCGAUGAUGAGAGGACAAAAUCAUGCAGUCUUGAGAAUCUGGUGAAUAUGUAUGUCCUGGACGUUGAGCUUGUGUAUGCAAAGCUGCGCGUAAACAGCGCAAUACCCUCUGAAGAUAUCGUUUGUGUCAUGGAGCAAAAUGAAUUGAAGAAAUUGAAAUCCCUCGAAACGUUAUUAUUUCUGUUAAGAAAGCAUAGCAGAUCACUUAAAAACCUUCCUAGGUGCAUUUUUCAAACACUAUUAAAUGAAGGCGGGCCAGAGCUCUCUUCUGAGGCCUCGAAACUUUUGGAGACUAAGUAUUCUGACAUAUCAUACAUGGAAUACUUAAACAAGAACGAUCUCCACGGAGCUUGUUUAUCCACAUUUUCUUGUUCAUCUCAAGUGGCUUGUUUUGAUGUUUCACAUCGCUUAGGACUCAUGGUUUGUGAAUGUCUCGACGGCAUGAUUCAUCUGUGGUCACUCCAUACUGGCAACUUAAUAUGGAAGUGUCCUGUAGUAUUUGUGAAAAAUUACGGCUACUCUUCUCACGCUUUAAGAUGGUGGCCAUCUUUGCAGUCACCAUAUUUUUCUUGCUCAAAUUUGUCUGACUACAGUGCAGUAUCCUUAUCUUGUUUUCGUUCUGUUGUUUUUCAUCCUACUAAGGAUGUAAUCUUACCAGGGGUACUUUGCUAUGCAUACAAUUUUGGUGGGGACCUGAAUCCUCUUUUUCCUGAAAGCAAGUGUAUUUUCACUGCUUGUUCUAUUUCUGGCAAUACAAUUAUCACUGACUGUCCUCAAGAUGCGAAAUGCCUCAUCUUAUGGAGUCUAGAGAAUGGAUCGGAGGUGAGUCGUGUCGUCACGAACGAAGGUAUUUUGUCUUUUGCCAGGUCUCAAGAUGGAAAGCUGCUUGCAAUUUCCCAUUCAACGGGCUUAGUUUGUUUACUAGAUGCAAUAAGUGGUUUUCAAAUGCUAGCCGAAACAUUCUUCUCGUACGUUUGUGGCAUCAUUAAGUUUACACCCGACUGUCGAUCACUUUUCUGUUGGCAUUUUCCACCAAGUACCGUUUCACAUCACCUUUUCCAUGUAAAAGUCAAUGUAGGAAACGAUGGCAACUUUUCCCUUGAUGUUUCUCGGGACACUGUUUCUUAUAGUCCUUGGGAGCAUGAGUCUUGUAGCGAAAGUGGUUUUGCAUUGGGGGACUCCCUAGAGUGUGUGGUUGGAAGUGCGUCUGAUGGCAUGCGCGUCAUUAACUAUUCAUUUGUGUUUAUGCUGAAUGAAGAUUUCGGUCUAAGAAGUAAUCCCCAAAGCCAUUUUGUUGACAUGUUGUCCGUAGAUGAACUUUCUAGAAGCGGUGAAAACCGUGAUGCUGGUAAAAUUGUUGACAAUCUGGUAUUUUCUCCUGAUGGCGAUACACUUUAUAUUAUGGACUGCGAAAGUGAUGGCACGCGGAUUUCAGCUUGGGACGUUUCAAAUGGGGUAAACAAAGAAGAGACAAAGAUUCUUAGUAACAUUUCGACAAGAUGUUGUGUCGUACCUGUUGACGUUGGUAUCCUGUUAAUAACAAGAAAUGGCAGUGUGGAGUUGUGGAAUGGUAAUUUUUCGGAGUGCUUACGACGCUGGGAUGACAUAAAGGGAAUGCACGUGACAAAACUGAUUCCAGUUUCAGAUAAGCACGUGGUAUGUACAGGACACAGAUGCGAUGGUGUUUGUGUUAUUCUGGAUAUCACAAAUGGAGAAAAAGAAGAAAUCAAAGCGAAAAGGAAUCGUUACGGUUUUUGGGGCUCAGUUCUUGCAUGUAGCAGCAAACGUCAGCUUAUAACCAUAGAUGACGGUCUCUUGAGCUCAGGUUAUUCUGUCUUUUGGGAAAAAAAGUGGUCUCGCGAAAAUACAGAUCCAGUAUUCAACCUUCCAGCGAUGUUUUCACCUGCGGAAGAGUUUCUCGUUAUUUCCGGAGAAGUUGCAGGUCAUCAACAAGGCGUCAACUUUCCUUGUUUUUUCGAUGGUCCACAAGGCGUCUACGUCCUUGAUGCAGCGUCAGGAGACACGCUUCGAAAACUAUGUGUAGUAGAACGAGUCUAUGAUUGUAAAUUUUUAAGCAACGAGGAAUGCGUGUUGCAUACUUUUGACGUGUUAAAUGGUUUUCGUCUUCUACUGUACAACAUUAGGUCAGGAAAUCUGUUAAGUGUGAUUGACAUUGACCCGUACAAUCAAGUGUACUCUUUGGCAAGUCACCCUUGGAAAGGUUUCAUCGCUAUUGGCCUAAAGCAUUCCAGACACAAGUUCAAAGUUAUCCAGGUGAAGCUGCGAAGCCAAAUUAAGGACGAAAGGAAGAGUAAGAGGUGAGUCCUAAACUAAUGAUAGUGGUGUUCGUAAAAAAAUAAAACCAUAAUAAUAAAAACAACUGAUUUUUUUGUGUCAUGUUAGGGACUGCUACAAAGAACGUGAAAGGAGAAUUUUGAAAAGUGGUGUUGCAAAAGCACACGGCCUUUUUCGUUUUAUGACGUAAAUAAAAUCUGGGACCCACUUCUGGGGUAUUACCUUUCCCUGGGGCUAUGUUCACACUACACCGGAUAGCUAUUUGUGACGAUACGAGAAAGAAAAAGUUAUCUGUUAUUGUAUGAACACCUAUCCGAUCGAUAUGUGCCUCUUUACUUUAUAGAUUGGCGCCGCGCAGCUUCGCUCCGUUACAGGAAUCGCUCUCACUGUCCUUGCACGACCACGAUGUGAAAAUGCCUAACUGCAAGUUUUAUGGAGGACGUAAACAAGUGAAGACGAAUCUCUUUUUCUCUCUCUAAACUUGAGUGCGGUCCUCAAGAAAUCAACUCCAGGGAAAUUCGCCUACACUUGCCAUUUUCAGCAAAUUGGAAUAAACGCGACAAAGAUUGAAAAAACUGGAAUUCAUUUUAAAACUGGCGUUUUCGCUGCCGUUGCCGUUGCCGUCGUCGAUGCUAAAGCUCCCUAAUAACAGAUGACAACGACGCCGUGCGUAAAAUUAGCAAUGAAAAUAUACAAAUUCUAGAGACUCUCGAGGGAACCAUAACUGACCAUAAGUCAUGAAAGGCACUGAUUGGAAAGGUCCCGAGGGAACGACAACAGUUCUUAACAGGCUCACUAUGUCAAUGUGACCUAAGGCUCACUCCCUGAACGAAAAUCGAAAUGAACGAAAAUCGAAAUCUUACACAACCACUCCCACUCUACUCAAUGACUUUUCUCUCAAUUUUUUUAUGCAUCUAAUGUGUAGGUUCCCUUUCACUCCCAUGUGAGCACCAGAUGAUAAUUUUGGUAGGAAAGAAACGCUACCCUUUCCACCCGCAUCACAUCCCUCUUUCUUUUUUGCCAUUUUUUGUUUUUCAACAUACAGUCGAACCUCCAUACAACGGCCACCUUGGGGACAGAAGAAAGUGGCCGUCGUAAAGAGGUUUUCACAAGAAUCAUAGUAUGGAUUUUUAGUCCGCCGGCACGAAAAAAAGUGGCCGUUGUAGAGAGGUGACCGUUGGCGGAGGUUGGACUGUAUUAGUAACUGGGUUUCCCGGAGUUGUUAUCUUAUCAUUUAACUGAAUCAUUGGUGGCAAAGUGUUCAUCAAGAAAGUCAGUUUUACAGCUUGCCAUUCGGGCAAGCUGUAGCUUACAUGUACUAGCCCAGGUUUGUUGCUUGUGAUCCUAAUUAUGAUUGACGGCAGCGAAAAAUGUAAUUGUGAAGGCGGCUUUUAAACUUCAGAGUUCGCGUGUUUUUGAAAAGCGCGGUAAGAACAGAAUUCAAUACUAGCCCGAUAGCAAAAUUCACCAGCCGCUGGCCAUCGGACACUAGUUUCUUGCCCGCUUGGUAAUGGCAUCCGUUCUCUCUUUUGCUUACUUUUUAGGAGCAAGAUCAGCUUCAGAAAUGAAAAGUAG